CUCUUCCAUUCUCUCUGCAGCAACUGAAUGGAAGUCUCUCCAUCCUUACACAUGAAAAGAGUCCUAUAGUAGCCAAGAGAUCAGGGGGGACAAGAUGGCUCAUUUUUGGCUGAAGGGUUACUACUGGAUUUUAUUGGUUUUGACAAGAGAAGUCAUUGGAAGUCCUGGAGAUGGCAUACAAGUCUGGGAAAGACUGAGUCAAGUAAACCCUUUAAAUGAAAGUCAACUUUUCACCUAUGGGACAUUUCCUCCUGGUUUUCUCUGGGGUGUAGGAUCUUCUUCAUUGCAGAUAGAAGAUGAUCACUCCAGUAGGGGACCUUCUGUGUGGGACCAGUUUAUGAAGACCCAACAGUCAUGGAAAGGAAUUCCUUCUAUUGACCAGCCUGUAGACAUCUCAGACAGUUUCUCUAGCAAAGAGAUGCCAGCUCUGGAUUUUUUAGGGGUGAAUUUUUACCAUUUCUCAAUUUCCUGGCCAAGACUGUUUCCACAAGGAAAUAGUGUCCCCAGUGAGCAGGGUGUGCGCUACUACAACAGCACCAUCAAUUUGCUGAUCAGGAAUGGCAUUCAACCGGUGAUCACCCUUUACCACUGGGACCUACCUGUGACCAUACAAGAAAAUUAUGGGGGCUGGGAAAAUCAGAGUGUCAUCCAUCUGUUUAAUAACUAUGCCACGUUCUGCUUCCAAAAGUUUGGAGAUCGGGUCAAAUAUUGGAUUACCAUGCACAACCCUUACCUGAUCGCCUGGCAUGGGUAUGGCACAGGGACAAAUGCCCCUUGGAUUAGAAGAGACGAUGCUGCUGUGUCUGAAGUGGCACAUAACCUCAUCAAGGCUCAUGCUCUGGUCUGGCAUACCUAUGACACUCAUUUCCGUCCAUCUCAAAAGGGAUACCUGUCCGUGACAUUGGGCUCCCACUGGAUAGAACCUGAGAAAAGACAUAUUGACUCAUCAACCAUUAACAUGUGUCAAGAGUCCAUGGAUACCGUACUUGGACGCUUUGCAAAACCUAUUCAUAUUGAUGGGGACUACCCAGAAAGUUUGAAGAGAAAAUAUGGCUCCAACCUUCCUAGGUUUUCUGAGUCAGAAAAAGCUUCUGUUAAAGGGACAGCAGACUUUUUUGCAUUCUCCUUUGGACCCAACAACUUUAAGAGAUCAAAUGAUUCCAACAAGUUGGUUCGCGCCUUGAUUCAUUUAAGGGGGGUGUUAAACUGGAUCAAGAUGGAAUAUAACAAUCCUCAAAUUCUUAUCAUGGAAAAUGGUUGGUUCUCAAAUAGCAACAUCCAAACUGAAGACACCACAACAGUCUACAUCAUGAAGAAGUUUAUCAAUGAUAUCCUACAGGCUGUUAAAUAUGACGACGUAAAGGUCUUUGGCUACACCGCCUGGUCCUUGAUGGACAGCUUUGAAUGGCAAGAAGGCUACAAAAUAAGACGUGGAUUGUUCUACGUAGAUUUCACCGACAAGAGCAAAGCAAUAGCCCCCAAAUCUUCUGCAUUAUAUUUUAAACAAGUCAUCCAACAGAACGGUUUUCCAGAAGAGGCCCCAGAACUAGCGAUCCGUGGACAGUUCCCAUGUGACUUCUCCUGGGGAAUAACAGACUCUGUGCUAAAGGCAGAGCUGGUCCCAUCAUCUCCUCAGUUUGUGGAUCGUAAAUUGUAUGUGUGGAACAUCACAGGUGACGGCAUCCUGCAUGCAAUCAAAGGAGUACAGCUAAAGACUCGAGCAGCCCAAUGUACUGACUUCAUCACCAUUAAAAAACAUCUAUCCCUACUGAAAAAUAUGAAAGUCACUAAUUAUAGGUUUUCUCUUAAUUGGUCUUUGAUUAUGCCAUUAGGCGACUUGUCCUCCGUUAACCGAGAAGUCCUGAGAUUUUAUCGUUGCAUGAUAACUGAGGCCUUUAAAGUUGGAAUCAAGACCAUGCUAACACUUUACUACCCAACACAUGGAUCUUUAAGUCUUCCUGGACCACUGUUAGGAAAUGGAGGCUGGUUAAACAAGACCAUUACUCAGGCUUUCAGUGACUAUGCUAAGCUGUGCUUUCAGGAAUUUGGUGAUCUGGUGAAAGACUGGAUCACCAUUAAUGAACCAAACCGCCUAAGCCAAUAUUACCAUAACAACAGUAGCAACGCCUACCAAGCAGUGCACAAUGCACUCAUAGCUCAUUCCAUAGCCUGGCAUUUGUAUGACAAGAUUUAUAGACCUCAUCAACAUGGUCAGAUAUCCUUGUCUUUGCAUACAGACUGGGCCGAGCCUGCAAAUCCCUUCCUACAUUCCCACGCCAAGGCUGCGGAUCGUUUCCUGCAGUUUGACAUUGCUUGGAUCGCUGAGCCAAUUUUCGGUUCUGGUGACUAUCCUACGCUCAUGAGGCAAUAUAUAACCACCAAAAACCAAAAGGGAAUGACUAAGUCUGUCUUGCCCUAUUUCACUGAGGAAGAGAAAAAAAUGUUGAAGGGUUCGGCAGAUUUUUUUGCCUUGAAUCAUUUCACCACCAGAUUGGUGAUUCACGAGCCAAAAAAUGAUAGCAGAUUUGAAGCCGACCGAGACAUUCACUUUUUGUCCGAUGCAACCUGCCUGACAUCAUUUAAUGGACUUGCAGUUGUACCGCAGGGGAUUAGACGACUUCUGAACUGGAUAAGGAAGAACUAUGGAGACAUUCCUAUGUACAUUACUGCAAAUGGAGUGGAUGACAAAGCGUCAGAAAGUGACGAACUUCGAAUAUAUUACCUACAGAAAUACAGCCAGCAGCUAUUACAAGCCUACCUACAGGAUAACAUCAACUUGAAGGGAUAUUAUGCAUUCAGACUGACUGAUAAAAGUAAACCACAAUAUGGAUUCUACAACUCCCCCAUUUACAACAUUAAAGCCAAGGCGUCAGUGAACGUGUACAGAGCAAUAAUCACCGCCAACGGCCUACCACUUGACCAAGCUGGGAACUCCUGCAAAAUGACGAAGGAGGAGGACACGUGUUCGAUCUGUACGUUUCUAGAGGAGAAGAAACCUCUCAUCUUCUUCAGCUUCUGCCUGUUCUCCACGUCCGCACUUUUAUUAACUGUUACAAUAGUCCGAAAGUACAAGCGAAAGAGGAGAAAACUGCACUCUGCCAAACACCAUCACAAUGCCUGCUUCCUCAUUAAAAAGAAGGGUGGUUUUAGCCAAUGCUGAUCCCGAUUGCACCUUGAAUUGACUAUUUUCCCUUAGAUUCACUCCAUUUGUUCUCUGAAGUCAAAGAUGUAUAGACUGUUGCUAUUGCUGAGGACAUCUACAGGAGCUUCAUCCCUCCGACAUAUUUAUAUCUCUUGACUUGCUUUGCUGGCGCAGAAAACUGAUGUUCUCAUGAGAGG